AUGGAAGAAACUAUUAUAAAAGGACGCCCAGUUAUAAUAUUCCCAGGCUGUCAAAAGACGACGAAGAAAGGAAAUGAACUUGGAAAGAAGAGAUUAUGUGGAUUUUGUUAUUUUGGAGAGUCUUUUCUGAUAAAAAGUGGUAACCAGGAUAUUGAUAAUUUCCUAAGAAAAUUUGCAGAAUGGAAAAGGCAAGUUUUUAAGGUAACAUGGAAUAAAGGGCGCCUUCGCUUCUGGCAUAAAAAAGAUGAAAAAUUUGCUCGAUUUCCACCGAAAACAGUAGCAUUAAAGGUUCUCAAUGAAUCUAGGAAAUGA